UAACUCAUAACUAUAAUAUGAAUAUUAUACUCGUAUGAUUCAAUGGUUGCAAAACGUCGAACGUUUCCGAUAUCGGUACGUUUUUGUUGGCCUACAACACUGUACAUGAAUUGUACCAAGUACUAACCGAUGCGUAUCGAUACACUCCAAUUUUAUCAUUGAAAACAUUGUACAAUAUAAUAUUUAUAUUUCAUAAUCGGUGAUAAUAUUUAAAACCAAUAACUAUUUACUAUUAACAAAUUAUUAUUUAACAUUAACAUCGAUCCGUAACACCGAAUUUCGAAUGUCUAAUAGAUUGCUAUAAUCUUAAAUCAAAUUCAAAUGAUGGAUAAACAUUUAGUAGAUUUUGACUGGAAAUUAAAGAUCAACACCAGCAAUUAUGAAACUUGAAAAUUCGCAAUAUGGUUUUAUAUUUUCUCCGCAACUUACCACAGUAUUACAAGUUUUUGACAAGUACAAGUAUGAAAUCAGACUUUGCGGAGGUGCAGUACGUGAUAUUCUGUUAGGUAAAACGCCUACUGAUCUUGAUUUUGCCACUACGGCUACCCCUGAUGAAAUGGUUGAAAUGAUGGCAAAAGAAAACAUUAGAAUCGUUAAUAAAGGUGGUUUAAAACAUGGAACAGUAACUUCUCAUGUUGAUGGUGUUAAUUUUGAACUUACUACGCUUAGAAUUGAUGUUGUUACUGAUGGGAGACAUGCUGAUGUUGAAUACACUAAAGAUUGGGCACUAGAUGCAGGACGAAGAGAUUUAACUGUUAAUUCCAUGUUCUUGGGAAUGGAUGGCACUGUAUAUGAUUAUUUUAAUGGAUAUGAAGAUUUAAAGAAGCGUCAAAUAAGAUUUGUUGGUGAUCCCAAAUUACGCAUCACUGAGGAUUAUUUGAGAAUUUUACGAUACUUCAGAUUUUAUGGCUGUUUAGCUACUGCACCUAACCUUCACGACGAAUAUAUACUUGAAGCAAUACAAGAAAAAGGCAGUGGACUUAAACAAAUAUCUGGUGAACGAAUUUGGUCAGAACUUCAUAAAAUUUUAGAAGGAAAUUAUGGACCUGAUAUUAUGAGAACUAUUCUAAAAUUAGGGCUAAGUCCAUAUAUUGGUCUUCCUAAAAAACCUAAUGUUGACGAGUUUGAUAAAGUCAUUAAUCGAACUAAAGGUCUAAAAUUACAACCAAUUACCAUGUUAAUACCAUUCUUAAAAGAUGUACAUGAUAUGAAUGAACUUAACAAUCGUUUAAAGUUUCGUGUGUUUGAUAGAGAUUUGGGAUUAUUCUUAAUACAUAGCAGAGAUGAAAAAUGGACACCAGAUACCAUAAAAAUGAAUAAAAUAAAAAUUAUACAAAAUCCAACCAAACAAGGAGUUAUGAAAGAGUAUAUUGAGCAGUUAUUGAAGUAUAAUAAUGAUAGAACCAUUCUUGAAGAAUUCGAAAAAUGGACCCCAUUGAAAUUCCCUAUUACAGGAAAUAUGAUUAAAAACCAUGGGGUGAAAGAUGGGAAAAAAAUCGGAAUAAUUUUGAGGAAACUUAUUGAAUACUGGGCGGAUGAUGAUUUCCAAACAGACAUCGAAGAGUUGCUAAAUUUGAUACCUAAAGCUGAAGAUGAAUUGUGCCACAGUUUCAAAACCUCUAAGAAAAAUACAUAAACAAAGCCUGGGAUUUUAUAUUAUAUUCAAAUUUCGUUUAUAAAAAUGCAAAUUUUUGUGCUUAAAAAUAUUUAUUGUUAGUAAAUUACUUAUUUCUCAAUUAAAAUAGAAUGAUUUAAUUGAUUUUACAUAUAAAAAAAAUUGUAAGUCUUUACAAAUCAAAAAUAAAAUCGCAUGAUAUUGAA